AGCGCGCGUGAGAAAGAGAUAGAGAGAGAGAGAGAGAGAGAGAGAAAGAUGGCAGGACUGGACCAGCACCACCACCACCACCACGGCCAUCAGCAUAUACGAGGCCACUUUCCGAAUCCUUUAGACGAGAAAUUGCUCAAGAUAAUCCGAGAAAACCUGACAGACCAAGAGAGUGAGCUGACAGAGGAGGAGCGAUGGAGACUAGAGCACCUGAAGCUACACGAGAAGCACCGCGGCCACGAGGAGAUGCAUGCGGAGAUGGUGCUGAUCCUAAUGUUCGUCACCAUCAUAUCACAAGUCGUCCUCAUCGCGUGGAAGAAAAAACACUAUAAAUCAUACCAGAUGGUGAGUAUGAUUGGUGUGUGGGUGAUACCGUUCCUGCUCUGCCUCCAUAACCACUGGUGGCGCUUUAUCUUCAUCUGGCUGCUCUUCUCCUCCAUCACUGUCAUUGUGGUGAAGAAAGCGCUGGAGAGACCCAUCGAUCCAAGCACACCAAGACAGGUGUACAAAUGGUUCCUACUGAUAUACAAGAUCUGCUGUGGCCUUGGAGUGGUCGGGUACAUGAUCAUAAUGGUCACAAUGAUGGGAUUCAACCUCCUCUUCUCCGUCAAGGCUAAUGUGUGGAUGGACACUGGCUUGCUCCUCAUCUUCUAUGGUCUUUACUAUGGUGUGCUGGGAAGGGAUAUUGCUGAGGUGUGUGCUGACAAGAUGGCAUCACACAUAGGGUACUACACCCCACACGGCAUGCCCACCCGCACCCUGGAGCCUGGGGUGUGUGCGGUGUGUGGCAACCCCCAGCUGGUGCCUGAAGGGGAGGAGGGCAUCAUAGAGAACACCUACAGGCUCUCUUGUGGCCACACCUUCCACGAGUUUUGUAUCCGUGGCUGGUGCAUUGUGGGCAAGAAGCAGAUGUGUCCGUACUGUAAGGAGAAGGUUGACUUGAAGAGAAUGUUCUGCAACCCGUGGGAGAAACCUCAUGUGUUCUAUGGGCAGCUACUGGACUGGGUGAGGCUCCUGGUGGCGUGGCAGCCGGCCAUUAUCCUCCUCGUCCAGGGCAUCAAUAAUUAUCUCGGCCUUCAGUAGUGGUAGAGGGCGCUGCGUCUAGUCACUGGGUUAUACUGUGUGGUAAAUGUUUGUGUGCGUCAUCUUUGUUUUCUUUUCUCUUUUCCAUUUUUUUUUUAUGUGAUUUUUUCCUGCUUUUUCUCUCCUUAUCUUUUUGUUCAUCAUCUUUUUCUUUUCUUUUUCGUUCUUCGUAUUUUCUUUUUUUGGAUGCGAUUUUGUCCUAGUUUUCCUUUUUUUUUUCUUCUCUCUCUUCUUUUGUCAUUUGAUUAUACUGUGUGGUAAUUUCUUGUGUUCCUCACCUACAUUAUCUUUUUCUUUUCUUGCAUUCCUUUUAAUUUUUGUAUGUGAUUUUGUCCUGCUCUUUUUCUCUCCUUUUCUUCUUCUUCUCCUUUUUUUCCUUUUUUUAGUCACUGGGUUAAACUUUGUGGUAACUUUAUGUACAUCACCUUCAUUUUCUUUUCCCUUUUUUCCAUUUUCUUUUUCAUAUGGUAAUUUAUUUUAUUUUUGUGUGGCAAUUAGUUUGUGUUCAUCAUCUUUCUUUUCUUUUCAUUUUGUA